UUUCGAGCAGGAUCAAUUGCAAUCGGGGUUUUUCGACCAGAGUCAAAUGCAAUCGGGGUUUCUCCAGCAGGACCAAAUGCAAUCGGGGCUUUACCAGCGGAGUACAACUGGGACAGCUGAGACCGCGACAAGUGACAGCACCUUCGCCUUCGUUAUCUGUGCUGUGUGUCUGCUCCUACUGAUAGGGAGCCUUGUGAUCUACCUCGUAUUUUUGACCACCGGGACAUCCGACACUGGCGACGUCCCUGACAGAAGUGGAGGAGGAGCGAGAGGAGGAGGAAGUGGAAGUAGCAGCAGCAGUAAACCUGGAGAUGCCGAAGAGGGGACAGAGGUCAUUGUUGUUGAGGACAUAUACCCAACGGAACCGACGACGACGACGACGACUACGACGACAACUACAACGACGACGACGACUACGACGACUACGACUACAACGACUACGACUACAACGACAACAACUACGACGACAACAACUACGACGACAACAACUACGACGACAACAACUACGACGACAACAACUACGACGACAACGACUACGACGACAACGACUACGACGACAACGACUACGACGACAACGACUACGACGACAACAACUACGACGACUACGACAACGACUACAACAACGACCCCGCAUCCGAACUUCAAACCUUUGCUGUGCACCGUGGGGUCACAGGCGACCCACAAGAAAUACUACCCAGAUAAAGAUCUCUGUGACAUCCUCUUCUUCACCCACAUCUACUGGAACGAGGAAAAAUCGAAGUGGGGUCCUUCGUAUGCCCCAUAUGGUCAGGUGGCAUACGAUACUUUUUUGCGCCACGUAAAGACACGAGAACACAGUGGUGUCUCGUUCGAUUUCAGGCAUCUGCAAUCAAUAACCACGAAGAUCACGAGUAAUCUGGAAGAGUUGUACCAAAACAAGAUCAGGCACUUCGGCGUCCUGAACGUACUGAUCAAGGCCGAUCAAGAUUCGGCUCUUGAUCCUGUUACAACUUUGUUUUCGAAGAUACAGACUUAUUUGAAGCAAACUCACUCCUAUGGGGAUACAGGCCGUGGUGCAAACCCAAUGUACCUGGUAGCGGCUUUCAAGAUGAUGAACUUUGCCUCAGACAGAAGAGAAUUUGCCAGCACAAUCAAGAAGUUUGCUCAAAAGUCGAUAGCCAACUACAUCGUCGUGAACACUGCAAUCAACACAUGGCAUGGUGGCUGCAAGAGCUUCCCGCCAACGAUGUGGUCAGACGCCCAACAGACUUACCAGCCAGCGUUUGACACCGCAAUUAGCGACAUACUUUCGACAGCACAUGAGUGGGAUAAGGACAAGACAGCGCUCUUGGCUUUCUCUCUCGGCGUGUCCGCCUAUUACUUUGAAAGUAACCGCCAAGCGACAUCGCCCAUCUUUGAAGAUUGCGCGUCUUUUGGGAUGGUAUCCUACAAGCAGGUGUGCGACCCAGAAAUAAAAGGGAAAACACCAACGACUCCUCGGGGCUGCAAAUGCCAUGCCUACGGAUCUGAGAAAUACAUGUACGUUUGGGACACGUUGGACGACAUAAACGAGAAGAUGAAUCUAGCGAUUGACACCUACAAGAGACCGCACUUCGGAUUCAUCUUCUUCGACGCAGAGUUGUCAGACACGACGGCUAGUCCAUGCAUCACGGGUCGCGGAACAUUUCCUCGCCUUCGUGCUGCCAGGACGAGGAUGAACGCAUAUCGCCAGGAAAAUGAUUCACUCGAAAGGGAUCGUUGACGGGACUGCAUUCUGCUUUAUUAAAAUGCUGUAUAGGAUCCGCAA